AUGUCAAGAUUUUAUCGUUCGCAGGUCGACAGGGCUAUCAAAGAUGGCGCCGACGUCAAUGCCACCACCAAUUUUAUGCGUAAUAGAACGAAGUAUGAUGCACAAAAAUCGGCGGAUCUUGACUAUGAGAUCGAAGAAUGGACAUCCCUCCACUUCGCAUGCGACCGUGGCUUCAGCCAGGUGGCAUAUGUGCUGCUGAGGAAUAAGGCAGAUAUAACGAAGAGGAUACAAAGUGUAUGGGCAACACCCACGGAAAGUCUCCACACAUACGAGCAGAUGCCCAUCCACCUCGCGUGCAAAGGAGGACACUAUCAAGUGGUGCAAGUACUGGUGAACCAUUCGCCUACUGAGUGUGGUCUUAAUGCACGCGACUUCCUGACCUAUGACGAGCAUCUUCGAGAGCAACUCCUGGCGGCCAAUCAAAUAGCGGGUAAUGGGUAUGCUCUGGAUCUGGCAAAGAAGCACAGUAUACCGCACAAGCGAAGCACCACAUCCCCAUCGGGAAAGCCGUCGUUCACCCCACCCCUGCCAUGCGGCUACACUCCUCUCUUCUAUGCGGUGGGUAGCAACAAUAGUGACGUGGUGCACUUCCUGCUCGCCAAGGGAUCUGAUUCCUACGCUGUCGGCUCUACCCCCAGAUACACUCCCACUGCCGGGUGGGCUGGGAAGACCUCAACCGCACAGACACCUGUAGGCUUGGCCAUGAAGAACAACGACUCCGCCAUGGCGCACGUAUUGGUGGCACGGUCCCAUAUAUCGGACACUGGACUGCUGCACUUAGCCAUGCGUGGCAUGUUGGCAGUGAUCAAGUUCAUAGCGGACGACGCCCCCGAAAAGACAGGGCUGAUCCGAAACACUUGCCGUUCCGCUAUGGAUAGGAAGCCGCAGCUUGCCUUUUUCUGUCAGCAUUUGCUGAAGACUGAUAACGCCGAUGUGCACUCGAUGCUGUACGAGGCGUGCCUGACUGGCAACUCGAACAUGAUUCAGUACAUAUUGAAAAACGCGACCUACGAGGAAGUCACCACAUCUCACUCCUUCACAUACUGUGGUGUACGACCGCCCUCGGCGCGGCACGAUAUCAAUCUCGUGCACAACGUCACACCACUGCACGCCGCGGCUGUUACCAACCAGGCUGCCGGAAUUGCACUGCUGCAGAUGGAAAGGGAGGGUCGAGUGUUCUUCGAGGUAGACACGCCCAGUGACUUCAACUGCACAGCCCUUCACGUUGCCAGUAUACUAGGCCAUACAGAAGCGGCCAUGGCCCUCGUCCAGAUGGGAGCGGAUGUGAACACUAAAAGUUACAUCGAUUUCGAGAACGAGGAUCAAAUUGAAUCCAACAGAAUAAUGCACUCGUCUAGCGAUGCUGCCAACUACUUAGAAAGGCCUGGAUCGCAGAAUCCCAUGACCUCAUGGGGUGGCCGAUUAGAGGGAGUGUCAGAUGUGAUCCAACGCACGCUGGCGAUGGGUAAGAAGACUGCGUCGGGAGAGAGAGUGUUCAGGUCACUACCUGAGGAACCUCUGGAAAGUCCGGAGUUGUCUCCCAAACUUUCGAGCAUCAGUAGCUCUCUGAACACUGUCAGAGCGGAUUCGUCGCCCAGACAGGAGGAGCCAUCGCGGCCACACUCAAACCUCUCUGACAGUUACAAAGCCACUCGCUCCAUAUACCGGUCCGCCAUUGAACUGGCACUUGACUUUGGUCACGAGGCCCUGGCCGAGCUGCUAGCCAAGCACAGCGGCAACAACCCAAACGCCACACUGAGUAAAACCACCAGCAGUCCAGCCAUGAAACUUGCCAGUGCCCAGUUCGAUGCCUUGACCCCAACAUCCGGGAAGCUGCAGUCAGGCCUCACCUCGGAAUUGUAUUCCGUACUGAAGCGCUUAGAACUGACACAUAUCGCUGAGACUUUCGCUGAGGAGAAUGUCGCAGACAUCGUAACACUAGACCUGCUCACGCGGCAAGACAUGCGCGAUCUGGGCUUGAAAUUAGGAGACUGCCGCAAAUUAGAAACAUUCCUGGGCAGGGGGCUAGGCUCGCAGAAUUCGGAGGAGAGUUUAAAUUCUAUGCAUAGCCAGGAUUCAGAACAAGUAAUUAGGGAUGCAUACCCUACUGUGAAUGGUCGUAUGGGUGAACCAUUCAACAGCGGCCAGAGUUAUGCCGCAGCUAGUCCGGCAACCACGUCAACCCUGGAGAUAGAGCUGGCGAGUGUGGAGAACCCCGACAAUGUCGAAUGGUAGUAUGCAAAUAUAACGAGUUAGGACCAAUAAAUGAAUGAUUCAAACACAAUACCGA